AUGGCGACCGCCAUAAAAGAACAAUCAUCAUGUCGCAAACGGGAGAUUUCUGUUCGAGAAGGGGGAGUAGAUUGCAAGGAUUGCAACAACCACCUCCUGGUAUUUGCUGGCUCUACGUCCAUGGGGACGAACCUGCCAGGGGCUAAGACUGUCUCAGAAAUCUGCCAGGCCGCAUUCAAUUGA